AUGGAUGCAAAAACACUUGUAAUUGAAGUACUUGAAGCUCGUUCAUUAUCACCAUCUGAUAUCAAUGGUUGGGCAGAUCCAUUAGCCGUAGUUUACCUCGGUAAAAAGAAAAUCGGAAAGACCAAAUUCAUUCCAAGAACGUUAAACCCAGAAUGGAACCAAAGAUUCGAAAAAGAGGAUGCAGAUAUAUCAGAUGAUAUCAGAAUCGAAGUCUGUGACCAUGAUAUCGUUGCUUCAGAUACAAUGGGUUGUGUUCAAAUCCCACUUUUAACAUUUUCCGAUGGAAGGUGGACAAACCAAUGGUACAGACUCAUGGAUGAUAACAACCAUCCAGUACAUGGCUACAUCCGUCUGAAAAUACAAUUAGUUGAUAACGCGGAACUCGCGUUUCGUGAGUCCGAGCAUAACAAAAAACCAGAAGAGGACGACGAAAAAAAACGCCAAGAUGAAAAGAAUGCCGCUCUUGAAAGAAGAAGAGCUUUAAUGAAACAACAUCUCGAAAUGGAACAAAACCAAGCUAUUCACAUGGAAAAUUUCAAGGCACAACAAAACGAAAACAGCAAAAUGAGAAAACAAGACCCAGCAGACGUAGGACAAGUUAAACAACAACCAAUUGUACCAGGAAUGGUUCCUCCACCAAAUCCACCACCAUCACAACCAGCUAAUAUUUAA